AGUUCUACCAAAAGCCCUGCACCAACACGUGUAAACCCCGCUUAACUUCCUCUUUUUACCAACAUGGGUUUUUCGGUGAAGCCCAUAGUGAUCGAUGCCCGUGGGCAUUUGAUGGGAAGAUUGGCAGCUAUAGUUGCUAAAACUAUCCUCCAAGGUCAGCGUGUGGUGAUUGUCAGAUGCGAAGGAAUCAACAUUUCCGGCAACUUUUACAGAAAUAAGUUGAAGUACCUGAAGUACCUUAAAUACCGUUGCAAUGUGCAGCCAUCGAGGGGACCCUUCCAUUUCCGGGCACCCAGCAGGAUCUUCUUCAAGGCAAUCAGAGGUAUGAUCCCCCACACCACUACUCGUGGUAAGGAAGCUUUGGGUCGUCUGAAGUUGUUUGAGGGAGUCCCCCCACCGUACGACAAACAGAAGAGAAAGGUCGUUCCUGCUGCCCUGAAAGUCCUCCGGCUGAAGCAAAACAGGAGGUUCUGUGACCUGAACAGACUUGCCCAUGAAGUUGGCUGGAAGUACCAGGGUGUUAUUGGCACUCUGGAGGCGAAAAGGAAGGUCAAGUCCAAGAAAUUCUACGAACAGAAAAAAGUCACAGAGAAUCUGCGUGUGAAGGCUCGAGUAAAUGUUGCUCCCAAAAUCGCCAAGUACCAGAAAAUCAUCGAGAGCUACGGUUACAGAUAAAUUAUUGACUUGUACAAAAUAAAGCUGACCACAGUG